AUCACCCACCCUUAUAUAAAUGUACUGUAUAAACUAUUAUUGACAGCAUUGAACCACUGUCACACAAAAAUACUCUCUGCAUCUUCUAUUUGUUCUUCUUCAUACCUCUCUCUCUCUCUCUCAGAUAGUGAAUCAGAAUCCCAUUUUCCUAACCUCAGAAAGUCGCAACUUCUUCUCUUUGCUGUGUUGUGUUGCUCUUGUGGUUUAUCUCAAUCUUCUUUACCAUAAAUUCUCCAUUAUUUGUGUUUCUCAGUUAAAUGUAACUGCAACCUCUUCAUCUUAUUUGCUUUGCUUCAACUUGUUCUUGUAACUUUUUGAAAUAUCUUUGCAGAAAAAUGUAAUUUUGAUUUUAGAUUAAAGUACCCUUUUGCUUUUAAAUUAAUGUCCAAAUCCACAAAAGUGUUCUAAACGAAUCCCAACAUGUUCUCACUCAUGGAAUCUCGUUAAUCUUGCAUUGUACCCUUUUGUGUCUAGCUGCAUCUUUGACCCUUUUUAUGAAUAUUCUUCUUAGAGCCUCUAAACUUUAGCAAAAUGCAGGUUGUGAUUAUGUCUUUUCGUUAAUUUUACUGGAUUUCCCUCCAUAGCUACACAUUCAAAACUGAUAUUUGAUUAACUUCACUUAGAAAUUGAGUGUGUGUGUGAAAAAGUGGAACAUGUAAAUUAUUGGAAUGCUGCAAAGUCUUGUUCUAUUUUGGUUUGUUGGUUUCUUUUUGAUAGCAUAUGGAGGGUUUCUAUUGUAAUCUAGGGAGAAGGGUAGUUUUGGAUCUUGAAGAGAGUUUCUAAUUCAACUCUUCUUCUUAAGUGUUUACUAUCUUUGAGUUUCUCUUGGAUAUGUAAAUUCAAGUGUUUUUUUUUUUUUUUUUGUUCAAUUACUGACUUGUUCAUUUGUCAUUCUUAACAAUAUAUGCAAAAGUUGUUCAUAAAUUCUUUCAAAUGUAAAUUCUUUUUUCUGGAUUUAUUUAUUCAUUUUCUUCAUCAUGAGCCUCAUGUGCUCAACAAUCAACAAAUGAUUACACUUUCUUUAAGCUUUUCUGUUUACGAUGAUAUGUAGAAUUAUAGUCUCCCUGCCUGGAGUUAUAUCAAUAUUUUCGUCUUUGCGGCUUUAAUCACUAUUUUACCUCUAGAGUUCUCUUGAGUUGAGUCAGAAAUCAGCCUCUUCCAAUUGCAUAUUUUUCUUCUUUUUACCUUAUAAGAUCAAUUAUUAGUUCCUUGAUAUUCAAAGAGUUUCAUGGAAGAAACAUUUGUUCCCUUCCGCGGGAUUAAGAAUGACUUCAAAGCAAGAAUUGUGUGCUAUAAACAAGAUUGGACCAGCGGAUUCCGCGCAGGUGCAAGGAUCCUUGCACCAACUACAUACAUAUUUUUUGCUUCGGCAAUUCCUGUUAUUUCUUUUGGGGAGCAACUGGAGAGAAGUACAGAUGGAACUCUCACUGCUGUUCAAACUCUUGCAUCAACUGCACUAUGUGGUAUUAUCCACUCAAUUAUUGGAGGCCAACCUCUCCUCAUACUGGGUGUAGCUGAGCCAACAGUUCUAAUGUAUACAUUCAUGUACAAUUUCGCAAAGGAUCGUGAGGAUUUAGGACACAAACUAUUCCUACCUUGGACUGGAUGGGUGUGCGUUUGGACUGCACUGCUGCUCUUCUUGCUGGCCAUUCUCGGUGCAUGCUCCAUAAUCAACCGAUUCACACGCCUUACUGGUGAACUAUUUGGUCUGCUAAUUGCAAUGCUCUUUAUGCAGCAGGCUAUUAAGGGACUUGUGGAAGAGUUUGGUGUACCAAAGACACAGACAGAAGGUACCAAUCAGAUUGCUCUCCAACCCUCUUGGUUGUUUGGCAAUGGAAUGUUUGCUUUAGUUUUGUCAUUUGGCCUUCUUUUUACUGGUCUAGGAAGCCGCAAGGCUAGAUCCUGGCGUUACGGGACAGGCUGGCUAAGAGGAUUUAUAGCUGAUUAUGGAGUCCCCUUAAUGAUUCUUGUAUGGACUGCUGUGUCUUAUAUACCCGUCAACGAAGUCCCAAGGGGAGUUCCUAGGCGACUUUUCAGUCCAAAUCCAUGGUCUCCUGGUGCAUACUCAAAUUGGACUGUUGUCAAGGAAAUGUUGAAUGUGCCUCUAAUGUACAUUAUUGGAGCAUUUAUACCAGCAACUAUGAUUGCUGUGCUUUACUACUUUGAUCACAGUGUUGCAUCACAACUUGCGCAGCAAAAGGAGUUCAAUUUAAGAAAACCCUCAUCUUAUCAUUAUGACUUACUACUUCUGGGAUUUUUGACCUUAUUGUGUGGGCUCAUCGGAAUUCCUCCUUCCAAUGGCGUGAUUCCACAAUCUCCGAUGCAUACCAAAAGCUUAGCUACUCUUAAACAUCAGAUUUUACGGCAUAAGCUUGUCUCUACUGCACGAACGAGCAUGGAGAAAAACAUGAACCUGAGUCAGUUAUACGAAAGUAUGAAAGAAGCAUACGAUGUAAUGCAGACACCAUUGGUUCCCCAAAUGCCACCCACAUUGGGGCUGAAAGAGUUGAAGGAGUCUACGGUUGCACUCGCUUCAAGUCAUGGAUACAUUGAUGCUCCCGUUGAUGAAAUUGUCUUUGAUGUGAAUAAGGAUGUUGAUGACCUUUUGCCAGUUGAAGUUAAAGAGCAGCGCCUCAGCAAUCUACUUCAAGCAUCGAUGGUUGCGGCUUGUGUGGCUGCUAUGCCUCUUCUGAAGAAGAUACCAACUUCAGUGCUUUGGGGUUACUUUGCCUUCAUGGCAAUUGAAAGCUUGCCAGGAAAUCAGUUUUGGGAGAGAAUAUUGUACCUUUUCACUGCUCCAAGUCGAAGAUACAAACUGCUGGAGGAAUACCAUGCAACCUUUGUUGAGACUGUGCCUUUGAAAGCAAUUGCUCUGUUUACUCUGUUCCAGACAUCUUACUUGCUUCUCUGCUUCGGCAUAACCUGGAUACCAAUCGCCGGGGUCCUUUUCCCAUUGUUAAUCAUGCUUCUUGUCCCGGUACGACAAUAUUUUCUUCCCCAUUUUUUCAAAGGAGCCCAUCUUCAAGAGUUAGACGCAGCAGCGUACGAGGAAGCACCUGCCAUUACUUUCAACAUGUCCUAUGAUGAUCAAAGUAAUCAUGCAAAUAUCAGUGGCGGUGAAAUUCUUGAUGAAAUCAUUACAAGGAGUCGUGGAGAGAUACGUCGCACUCAAAGCUCAAAAGCUUCAAGUUCAACUGCAACACCAAUAGGAGGAGAUAUAAGACCUUCGGAUAGUCCGCAAGUAUCACAAACAAUUCUCAGUCCUCGAGUAACUGCAUUGAGAGGCGAAAGCAGCCUAGGAUCAAACGGAAGAAGUUAAAGAUAAAGCAAACACCUUGAAAAAUAUCCAACUGGUUCAACUUCAAGCUAAAAUGUAUUUUUAGAACAAAUUAAAGUAGUACUAAGCGAUGCUCUAUAGUUUGUGUUUUUGACAAAAAAAACGACAUUUUCGCGAUGUCUUUUCUUUUCUUCCUUUUAACAUUUUACUGAAAGUUUGUUGUCUGACUCAUUCAAUCCGUACAAUAUAAUAUGGGCAGGAUUAUUUUUAAGUUGA